AUGCCCAGCACCAUUUAUCUUCAAGAUCAGGUAUCUGUUAAACCAUUCAUUAAGCAACUCCUCAUUCCACCUCCUGCCUCCCUCAGUCAUGAUGUCUUCAGCCUUUGUCAAAUUGCAGACAACAGUGCUUACCCUAAAAGGAAUUCCAGAUUCAGUGCCUGGAAUCCAUGGUAUCUUCCAAAUGUUAGAGUUUUUCCCAUUGUUGAUUUCAACCCUGAAUCCCAUCUUGUGCUUGUCUCUGACCUUCAUCCAUUUCCUCCACAUCCAAGAAGCAUUUCGUCGUCGUUUUCCUCCGCUGUCGGCUUCAACUCCACCACCCUCAUCCUCAUUGGCAUCUCCAUGUACUGGCGAAUGCGCAAGGACAAUAAGUGUCGCCUCGCCAUCUCCCGUCUCCUCGAGCAGUACCCCAAUCGUGUCGAGAUCAUGCAGCUCGACGAUUCCACCUGCGAGAUUCGACCACAAUAG